AUGGCUAUAAUUCUACCCAUUGCUCAUACUAUACAUCCACUGAUCUUCAAUGAGACAUUAGGAUUCUAUGUGGAUGCACCGGAAUUCACGGAGCAACGUUACAUUUUUUGGAGUACACCUAGGCUUGUGCUCCUUGACUUAUUUCACAAUUAUCAUUAUCCUAGGGCUCAGAACGGUUUUGAGCUUGCGAGCAAGAUUUUUGGAGCAUCAAAAUGCUCCAAGAGCACAAGCGAUGCUCAAAAGGGUUACUGUAAUUGUGGCGAUGAAUACAGUAAUCUACAUGAUGAUUAUUGUCUGGGAAUUUACUGUAGGCAUUUUUGUGCCCGACAUAAAUCGGGUUUUGCAACAUAAUAUGAUGAUGACGGUUUCUGAUAUGGUGAGUGUCUGGCUGUCUGUGCUCUCACCAUUCUCUGUGCUCUCUAACCUCUCAUUUUUUUGCAGCUCAGCUUCAGUAUGCCUUAUACACUGCUGAUUUGCGAUAAAAAUGUGCAGGAAAUGAUUUGGCAAAAAGUUCCGCGGAUUUCUCGAAUGCCUAGUAGUAUUGUACCGAUUUCUUGA